UAAAGCACCUGGGUUUGCUUCUGCAUUGAACCCUGGUAUGUCCAAAACGACAACAGUUAAAACACUGAAUUGUUGGGAAUAUGUACUGGUCAACAGGCAGUGAGGAAAAAAAGGAAUAAAUUCGGGGAGGAAGAGCUUGACCAUCGAAUGUAAGGACUACCGUCUGAGUAGGCAACCAUUUAGGGCCUUCAAGUGAUGUAACUUUGCGGCUAAGCCGGCGAGACCGAAUGAUUGGACCAAAGCCUUCAGGAACUCUUAAAUUUCCUACAAUCUCUUCAUGCGACCAUUCGCAGGGAAUGCCUUUGACAAUGCCCAUUUUGGUGAUAUUGUAUGUUGGGAUAGAUAAAACAUAAUCAUGUAAUAUAAUUGGAUUACACAAAAAUGAGUUUGCUGCACCAGGUGUUUUGAAUGUCACUGCCAAUCGAUUUCGCCCUAUUCGUUUAAUGCCAUCAUCCAAAAUAUUUUUUAAAUUAUUUCUGAAUAGAAAAUUCCCAAAUUUAACGACGCCAUUUUCAAUCUAUUUAUUAUUACGGGUGCGUUCCUGGUUAACCUGUCCCGCGAACUGUCUUUCAUCGCGUUCAUUGAAUUUUUUUAUUGUGUAAUUUUUUAUUUAAUGUUAUUUCACGUUAGAAAAUUUUCUAUCCCACGAGAUAAGUUAUUUUAUGCGUGCAGACUAUGAAAAUAACUCAAAAAUAGUGUUAUAGAUUAUGCAGAAACAUUAAAAACGAAAUCGUUUUACUUCAUUCUCAAAAGUUCGUUUAAAAAUUAUUAAGUUUUCAUAAAGUUGAUAUUGUACGAAUGUUAAUUAAAAAUCUAAAAGUAAUUAAAACUAAAUUCACUCAAUAUUUUGAGAAAUAAAUUAAAAACAAUUAAUAAUAAUAUGUUGAUCUAAUUACGAUUAUGGUUUUAAAUAACAGAUGGCGCUCAUUUGAAGUUUUUUUAACAUUUCCUAUUUGACAAUGACAGCAUUGACAGCAAAUGUCAUUUAAAAAUGCAGCUUUGCUUGCAAUUUUGUGCAUUUUAAAAUUUAAAUAAAAUUAAAUUUAUCUUAGGAAAUAAUGUACUGUGUCUUAAUUUUCUUGGCGGCGCUAUCAAGUCUAGCGCAAUGCUCAGACACGGGCAUUGUAUCUGCUAAUAAUGAGACGAAGAGGAUAUUUGUUUAUAAUACAUAUAAGUAUAACUCGACGAUCCACAUUGUCGUGAACGACACAACCGAACAGUUCUUAGACUUCUAUGAGGACUCCGACACGUGGCAUGGAUAUCCGACGCGCGUGCACGUCUCCAGCAAUGAUACCAUCAGCGGCGAGUACCCGCUCUUUAUCACCGCCACGCAGCAGAAAGGAGUAUCAUCAUGGGAACUGCCUUUGGUAGUUGCCACGAAGACGGCUCGGCUGCAAUUCAACGACGUCUCACGCACUCUGUGCCCGCACGACGCGGGGCCCAAUAUAACAUCAGUAAACCGGCCGUUCCUCCAGAUAACCACUUCGAGUCCUCAAAAUGUAUCCGCUACCAUCAAGGUUCGGCGAGUGAGAGAUUUCUACGUCGAGGUUGGGAAGGACGUGGAGUUGCUAGUCAAACCAAGCACACCCAAAUACUACUACUUCUCAUUUGACUCGUCGCCACAGAAUGUCUCGGUUGGGGGCAGGAAGGAGAUGCUGCCGAGGUUCAACUACACAAUUCCGAAGAGCGUGAUACUUAUCAUAGAGUCGGAUGACGAGAUCUGCGCGACAAUCUCUAUACAGAACAACUCGUGCCCGGUGUUUGACAACGAGCGAGACGUGCUAUACCAAGGGUACCACCUCACAAUGACCACUAAAGGAGGGAUCACACUUACCCAAUCGAUGUUCCCGCAAGGCUUCUACAUCGUGUUCAUAGUGCGCGAAAACGACGAGGCGUGCACGGGAGACGCCGUCGCUCAGAACUAUCUCGAGAACAGGACCAAGAACUUUAGAUUCCGCGUGAUAGCGACCAUAUCGUACAAGGAGUACGUGAUCGGCGCCGCCGCCACGUUCGCUCUGACGCUACUGGUGGCGGCGCUAGUGGCGCUGCUGCCGUUGACGUGCAACUGCCGCGCUACUGAAGAAGUGGUAGUACUAAACGACCCCGGACCGUCGACGUCUCGUGACCCGCCCGUGGCCGCGCCGGCGCCGAUACAAGACGAUGACCAGGACGACGGUAUCUAUCUUUCAGACUCCAUCACGGACUCGAUCCCGGAACUCCCAGUAUGGGCGGCGUUGAGACAACCGCUAACACUCGCCGGGCUUUCACGCUCUACGCCGAGCGCUCACUCCGCUCGGUCCAACAGGUAUUUCUGGAGCUCUCUGACGGUGGCUGUGGUAUAUGCAUUGCCGGUUGUGCAACUGCUCUUCACGUACCAACAUAUGGUAUUCCAAACGGGCGACCAAGACCUGUGCUACUACAACUUUCUGUGCGCGCACCCCGUGGGCUCGCUGUCGGACUUCAACCACGUCUACUCCAACGUGGGUUAUGUUGUGCUCGGGCUGAUAUUCAUGGCGCAGGUGCACAGGCGGCGCGGGCUGCCACAGCACCUGGGCAUCCCGCAGCACCCCGGCCUGCUGUACUCGAUGGCUCUAGCGCUGGCGAUGGAGGGACUGCUGUCUGCUUGCUACCACCUCUGCCCCAACAAGAUGAACUUCCAGUUUGACUCUUCGUUCAUGUACGUGAUAGCGGUGCUCUGCAUGGUGAAGAUCUACCAGUCGCGGCAUCCUGACGUCAACGCGCGCGCUCAUGCAACCUUUAUGCUGCUCGCACUUGUCAUGGCGCUCGGACUCUUCGGCAUCAUGUACCCCAGCGUGUAUUUCUGGACUUUCUUCACCAUUCUACAUUUGACCACUUGCCUCGUGCUCACGCUCAAAAUAUACUACGUGGGGCAGUUUAAACUCGAAUUACGCGUAUUCCCGCGCGGCUGGGGACUGCUGCGCGAGCACGGUAGAUACGCUCUGAAGCCGAACUACACCGCGCGGGCUGUCUUGCUGGCACUGGCCAAUGUCGCCAACUGGGCUCUGGCUGUUUAUGGUCUCUACGAGCACAACAAAGACUUCGCGCGUCACGUACUAGCCAUCUUAAUGGGCAACACGUUCCUUUACACGAUAUUCUACGUGUGCAUGAAGCUGGUCCACCGCGAGAAGCUGUAUGCCCACACGUGGGCGUACCUGGUAGCUACUUUCGCUUGCUGGGCUCUGGCGGUCGUGUUCUUCUUGGAUUCGAGGACUAAGUGGUCGCAAACACCAGCCAUGUCUCGUCGCCACAACGCAGUGUGCUCCGCGUUACAGUUCUACGAUUCCCACGACGUGUGGCACUUCGCAUCCGCCGCGGCUAUGUUCUUAUACUUUAACAUGCUGUUGACGGUCGACGACGCCUUGCGGGACACCCCGAGGACCGAGAUUCCAGUGUUUUAACUUCUAAGCAACCUCAAAAUCGGAGAUCUCAUACUCAAUAUUGCUUUUGAGUUUGUUUUGAGUCUGCAAAAAUUUUUUAACACAAAAUAAGAUCCCUUUCAGCAGAUGCAAGACAAAGUAUCGGUGUUUUAAACAACCUCAUAAUCUGAGAUCUCAUGCUCAAUAUUGCUUUUGAGUCUGCAAAAGUAUUAGAAUACAAUAUUUUGCUCAGUGGAUGUAACUUGAGCAUCGUUUAAAGGCUCAUUUAGGUCUGCAAAAAAAAGAAGAUGUUAAAAGGGGUUGAAACUUAAAACUAUUUGACAAAAUGUAUGGUGUCUGACUAUCAAUUAUUGGGAAAUAUUUUUUUAACUUGCACAUUUUUUUUUUGUAGAUGUAUGUAUUGACUAACGCCCAUUUCUGACAAAGCGCUAUGGACGUUCAAAGUAUGAAAAACUUAAUCAAACUAUUUUUUAAACCUAAGAUUAUAUUCCUCUAUUUUAUACUAUCAACUAAGCUAGUUUUUUUGUGCUGGCAACAUUAAUCUUGUAUGAAUUUUGUAUUGUGUGUGUAGACUUCUCACUAGAUUUAACGUAUUUGUAUUGUAAUGUGUUUAAUAUUGUAGAUAGGUACUCAUUGUAACAGAGUUAUUUUAAGUAAUUCCUACAUAAUGGCUGUUUAUUUUUAGUUCGCUUUUAAUGAUAACAAACAAUAUCAACUAAUGUGAUAAUAAAUGUGUAGAAUUUUAAACAAACUGUAUCGUCUUCGUGUAUUUGUUUUUUUUUUCAGUUACAAAUGUUUGAUUCUUUCGUUCAUUAAUUAAUAGAUUUGACUUAUCAAUGGCUCAGAUUGGCACCAUCUGAUUCUGUGAAACCUUACUUUGUGAAACCGGUUUCUCAAAAACUGGUUUUACAAAAACCGGUUUCUCAACAAUAAAAAUAGGACGUAACUGUGUAAGCCGUGCCUUGUGUUUUGAUUGGAUUUUAGAAAAAGGUACGCUAUAAAAGAAGAUUGACAUGUCUUGGUGCUUGCGUAAAGUUUUGGUGCCAAAAUGUUUACCCGUCAAACCCAACGCAGGUUAUGACUGGGUUUAGUGCGAGUUAAAGCAAAAGUUGUAAAAUUAAAGUAUUAAUUUGGUUAAUCUAUUGACACCUUUCAUGUUUUCCGUUAAGCGUAUUUUUGAAAUGUAAGCAUUGGUGCCUUGAAAACGUAGUUUUGGUCUUCAGUGGUAAGAUUAUUUAUUUUAUAGGUUUGCUCAGAAGUUUAUUUGAAUUUAAAAGUUUAUUUCAAAUGCAUCGACCAAUGUUUGUACGUUGAAUUGAAAGGACUAUGUCCACAACAACGUGUGUUAAACGUAACGAUGUGUGGGUAGUGGGCAGAGUCCUUAAAGAUUACCAAUAUUAACCCAACUUCAAAUUGGUCAUUUGGUCAAUGGCAUGCUUGAUGAUAAAACGUGUGCGUGACACGGUACGAAUUAUUCAGUUGCCGCUGCAACUCAAUUCAUAUGUAAGUCCGACUCGCGAAAUUAGGGUUCCGUAGCCUCACUCCUCAUCCCCUACAAUUUUUUAUAUUCUCUUACUCUUGCUAAUAUUAUCUUCACUUUUAUGACAACGACUUUUCCCACUAAACAAUAACAAUUACAGCUAUUUCUUACGUUACGUACUUCCGUACGUAGUUAUAGUACGGACGAUCCCAGGUCAUAGUAAAUAUAUCUUACAAAGUUGUAAGGACAAAAUAUCAGUAUGAUUUUCUGUCAAAAUUGUCUAUGCCUUGAAACUUUUCCACUUUUCAUUCACCGUGUUUACAAGGCCAGGGAAAUACCCAUAUUGCGUGACUAGCUGAAUACGAUGAACGAUCGAACGGUCAAAACCAAGUUGGCUAGUUAGUAUUGGUAAUCAAAAUCGCGAUUAUUUAGUAUUUAAGUUGCAGAGUAUUUUAUUUAAAAGUUAUUAUUUUAAUAUGUUAAAAAGUUUAUUUAAGCUUGUUGUGUAACUAUUUUGUAAGACAAAUGUAAUUGAAUAAUUAUAAUGCUACAUUAACUUUUAGACUUAAAGACAGUCGUGUAUUAAGUUAGAUUCCUGUAUUAGACCUAGACGUAAUGUAAGAUAAGAGUGUAUCAUUUUUACCAAAAACA